GAUGUACACCACACACACACAUCACCGAUUGAAACAGAAACUGAUCUGGGCUCCACCCAUAGUAGGGGUCUUUUUAAGACAGAGAGCCUUGACAACACAGAGCAGGGAUAUGUAACCCAUCUGCCUCCUGACCAAAUCAAAACAGAGGCUGAUGAUGAAGGAUACCUUAAGGCAGAACACAGCUGUGACUUGCAGGAUAUUAAAUGUGUUCAUAUUAAACCUGACCAAAUGAAGCAUGAGUCCACUGAAAAUUUAGUGAGUGAUCUCAUGGAUACCGUGAUGAAUGGAGCUGGUGACAAUCAGGCUGAGCCAUGGCAAUAUGCAGGAGAGCCAAGCCCAAACUGUAAAAAAGAAGAAAUUCAUGAUUUGCUGACUAGUUGUGGGGAUUUACCUCAUUACUGUGACAAAAACAGUGGAAAUAAUAUGACAACAAUUGUCCAGAAAAGUAGAAAUAGUUGCAGGAAAUAUUUACUUUGCCAGAAAAUUAAUGUAAAUACUGAACCCAUAAUUAGGCCUAAUUCAAGUAAAAACCCAAGCCUUUUGAAUUUAAUUCUACAAAAUAAAGGUGAAAUUCACACAGAAGAAAAGCUGCCCAAGUGUACACCGUGCAAGAAAUAUUUUCGUACAAAAUCUGAUUUAAAGUUGCACCUGAGAAUUCAUAGAGGUAGAAAGCCCUUAAAAUGUAUUCCAUGUGGAAAGUGUUUUUCCAAAAUAGCUGAUUUAAAUAAUCACCUGAGUAUUCAUAUAGGUGAAAAGUCAUGUCAGUGCAUUCAGUGUGGGACAUCUUUCUCCCAAUCAACCACAUUGAAAGUUCACAUGAUGAUUCAUACAGGUGAAAAGGCAUACAGAUGUUCUCAUUGUGGAAAGUGCUUUCCCUUUAUAUCUCAGUUAAAUAAGCACCACAGAAUUCAUACAGGUGAAAAGCCAUACCAGUGCAUUGAGUGUGGGAAAUGUUUUUCUCAAUCAAGCUCAUUAAAUGUACACAAGAUGAGUCAUACAGGCAAAAAGCCCUACAGAUGUUCUCAUUGUGGGAAGUGCUUUAACAAAAUAUCUGAUUUAAAGACCCACCAGAGAAUUCAUACAGGUGAAAAGCCCUACAAAUGUUCUCAUUGUGGGAAGUGCUUUUACAAUUUAUCUGAUUUAAAGACCCACCAGAGAAUUCAUACAGGUGAAAAGCCCUACAGAUGUUCUCAUUGUGGGAAGUGCUUUUCUGCAAUAUCUCAUUUAAAUAGGCACCAGAGAAUUCAUACAGGUGAGAAGCCAUACAAAUGCAUUGAGUGUGGGAAGUGUUUUUCUCAGUCAGGUACAUUAAAUGUACAUAAAAUGAUUCAUACAGGAGAAAAGCCACACAAAUGUUCUCAAUGUGGAAAGUGCUUUGCCAAAAUGUCUCAUUUAUGUACCCACCAGAGAAGUCAUACAGGUGAAAAGCCCUACAAAUGUUCUCAUUGUGGGAAGUGCUUUUCCUCAAUAUCUCAGUUAAAUAUUCACCAGAGAAUUCACACAGGUGAGAAGCCAUACAAAUGUAUUGAGUGUGGGAAAUGUUUUUCUCAGUCAGGCACAUUAAAUAUACACAAGAUGAUUCAUACAGGUGAAAAGCCCUACAAAUGUUCUCAUUGUGUGAAGUGCUUUUCCAGAAUAUCUUAUUUAAAAGCCCACCAGAGAAUUCAUACAGGUGAGAAGCCAUAUUGAUGUGUUGAGUGUGGGAAGUCUUUUUCUUAAGCGCAUUAAAUGUACAUAAUGAUUCAUUCAGGUGAAAAGCCCUACAAAUGUUCUCAUUGUGGGAAGUGCUUUUUGACCACACAUUAUUUUAAUAGCCACCAGAAAAUGCAUUCAGUUUAAGCAUCUGAGCGUCUUCCAAUGUGUUUCCUAAAAAUCUAAUUUAGAUUUUCACGUGAGAAUUAAUUCAGAUGAACGUUUUCUCCUUUUAAUUAUCAAAAAAUAAAUCCUACAGGUCAUCGACCUUACAAAUGUACUCUAGUGUUUCCUGAAAGCAUCCUUUACAUGAUGUGCUUUGCUUUGAGUGGGACAUUAAAAAAAAUGUACAUUAAAUAUCAAAGAAACCUGAUAUUGCCUUCAAAAUCCCUUGAUUUUUUUUUUUUUUUUUUUUUGGUUUACAAAUUCUUAUUUGAUGGGUCUUUAGCUUGAUCUGAAGGAGUGAUUGAAACACGGUAAGCUGACCAUUUUGCAUUGUGUCAUUUAGCAUUUAGCAUUAUGUAAUGGUGCGGUAGAGCACAGUAGCUGGGUAGAGUUUUUCUAGAAGAGUUUUUUUUUCAUUUUAAUUCCUUGUCAAAAUAAAACGUAACUUUGUCGUUUGAAGGGUGAUAUUUUGUCAUGAUAAAAAUGGCGGCAGUGUGAUUUGUAUGAAAGAAACAAUGUGAAACCUAUUUUAAUGUAAUCUAGAACGAAACGUGAUAGUGUUCACUGCCAAUGUAUAGGCUUUAAUGUGUACCUCAUCUAAAGCUGAUCAUUAGACUUAAUCUGUAUGUUUUGUCAGAUGUAUCAGUUGACGAUCUUUGUUUCACUCUAUUUUUUGGUGUUGAUUUUGAGUUGUAUAUGAAAUAAUUUUACAUUUUGAAUGUGCACAUUCCAAGACCUUUGUGUCAUGUGUUUGUCUUUAUAAACUAGUAUAUCUUU